AUGAAACGACCACGAACAAUCCGACACUCCUUAUCCACAACUACCCAUGUCUCCGACUCAGAGCCGGAGAGGGAGCGACAGCGGGCCAGAGAGGAGAAUCACAACCAUCGAUUGCAAGAGGCCUCACAGUCCUCGCAACAACCGAGUCGGACACCAUUUACCGCCAUCGAAAACUUUAUUCGAGACCAGAAAGAUGAAAUUGAACAAUCCCGGAAGUGUAUCACCACGUUAGAGAGUCGGGUUGGCGCGUUAGAAACAGAGCUGAAGUUCUUGAAAGAUCAUCCUCCCUCACAACAACUGCAAUUCCCUUCCCCUCCCUCUCCUCCGUACUCAACUUCCAGCACCUACACCAUCCAGACUGACCCCAUUCUUGCACCAUCCCUCAACCGAACCUUUCAGGAAAUGAAGGCUCGUGACCCCACACUAUAUGUGCUACCUACCCCCAUCGCUCGGCAGCGUGGUUCUCGUGGCGUAACUCGUCGUCUCGGACACUACCCAAUCCUGUAG